GGUAAAUGUGGUGUGUGAGGGGCGGUGGUUGGGAGGCGUGCGGGGAGAGGGCAGCACCGGCACCCUCGCUCCCGCACACCAGCCACGCUUUGAAUCUUAUUCCUGGUUUACCUUACACGUCUCUCACAGGGUGUGGGCAGUUUCUCCUGAAAUACUGUAUCUACAAAUAAUCUAAAUAAGAAUGACAUCCAUAAGGCACAAUCAAGAUAGGCCAUGAGGUAGCCAGCAGAAGCUCGGUGAUCUCCAGACGGCGCAAUGUACCGAGGCUCUCAGAGCUCAAAUGCAGGAAAGAUGAGUGAAUCGCGUAUGGAAUUUCGUCUUAAGAACACACCAAGCGACUGCAUACAGAGUGUGAAAUUUGGGCCGUCGUCAUCACAGUUUCUGUUGGUGGCAUCAUGGGACAAGAGUGUUCGCCUCUUUGAUGUUGUGAACAACAACAUGCGACUACAAUACCAGCACUCGUGCCCUGUCCUUGAUUGUUGUUUCCAGGAUGCAGUCCAUGCAUACAGUGGUGGCUUAGAUGGUCAGCUCAAGACAUUUGACCUGAAUACAAACACAGAAUUAGUAGUGGGUGGCCAUGAUGCCCCUAUAAGAUGUGUCGAGUUUUGUCCGGAAGUGAACGUGGUGAUCACUGGAUCGUGGGACUCCAACGUAAAACUUUGGGAUCCACGGGGACCUCGGGAAGCUGGCACAUUCCAACAACCCAACAAGGUCUAUACCAUGGGUCUCAGUGGAGAAAAGCUUGUGGUGGGAACAUCAAACAGGAAAGUGAUGGUUUGGGAUCUGCGCAAUAUGGGCUUUGCUCAGCAGCGACGAGAGUCUUCACUUAAAUACCAAACUCGUUGUAUUCAGUGCUUCCCAAAUAAACAGGGUUAUGUAGUGUCUAGUAUUGAAGGCAGAGUUGCAGUAGAAUAUCUUGACCCCAGCCCUGAAGUCCAGAAGAAGAAAUAUGCCUUCAAGUGCCACAGACUCAAAGAAGAUGGCAUUGAGAAGAUAUUUCCAGUCAAUGCUAUCAGCUUCCACAAUGGCUAUAACACGUUUGCCACUGGUGGCUCUGAUGGAUAUGUUAACAUAUGGGACGGGUUCAACAAGAAGAGAUUGUGUCAGUUCCACCGCUACCCAACUUCCAUUUCAUCUCUGUGCUUCAGUAAUGAUGGUAACACACUUGCAAUUGCUUGUUCCUACAUGUAUGAGCAAGAGCAGAUGGAUCCCAUGCCAGAAGAUUGCAUCUUCAUUCGUCGUGUAACAGAUCAAGAAACUAAACCCAAAUAAACUGGUCCUGAGCAAGCAAGUCUCUGUCAUCCACCCAAUAAUUAUCCCUCUGGAACAUUUUCUCACCGAGGGUAGUCCAUUACACGGGUCCAAUGUGUGUUGGUGGGCUGGUGGGACACAGCAGUUAUAGUAUCUUUUUGUCAAAAAUCAUAUUGAAAUUUCUAUUGUAUGUGAGAAAUUUAUGCAGUAAAUAUGAUUUUGACAAAUUCAGUCCAAUACAGUACUUGUAAAAUUUUGAAGAUUGAUAACUGAUGCUUCUCUGGCCUCCUAAACAUAUUUUAAGAUUCCAUCAAGUGUGGUCAUAAUCUGUACUGUAAGAAUAAAAAACUGAAUAUAAGAUUAGUGCUAAAAUAAAUAUUUUUUCAUAAUUCUUGAAAUAGACUUACAGUAUUAAUAUUUUUACAUGGUUUAAUAACCUUUCAGUAAUACAAUAUUAUGAAAAUUUAGUUGUACUUCAUUUCUAAAAGUUGAAUUUUAUAUGUAAAUCUGUUUAGCCCUUAGAUAAGAGCUUAGAUCAUGUGACAAUAAAGGGUUCACGUGAGGUACACAAGACUUGUGUUGGCUGAUAUUUGUCACUUUUAAAGCUAAGGGAAAAAUUGUUCUGCAUUGAAAUCCCUUACAGUAAUUAUCAAGCCUUUAAAUUUGUUGCUAUUAUUACCAACUGCUGUAGAGAUAAGCAUUGUUAUUACCCAAGUCAUUAAUUAUAAGAAUUUUGGAGCAUGUCGCAAGAUCUUGUACAAACAUACUUAUGCAAACAUAUUUAGUUUAAAACCAUUUUUAACAUUUUAGUGUAGCAUAAAAUACUUAAAAUGUUCUCUGAAUCUUGUAUGGAAAAUUUUAAGUUAUAGGGAAAUAAUUUUAUCCAGAAUUUUAGGACAAAAAAUUGGAAUUAAAUAUGAAAUUCUGUCGAUAAGAAAUAUAUGAAUUUUUUUAAAAAGUA